UCUUACACAUUUCAAGACAAUUGACUCUAAAUGAUGGUGUCAGGAGGCGUGAUCACACAGUGAGCGUCGGAAAUAUGUGUUGGCUUUUACAGUCCACACCUCACAUUCCUUGCGAAGGUUUAUCAUGUGGUUUCGAGGCAGGACCUGAGCAGACACUACUUGGUGGUAUAAAAACUGAACGCCUGAACGGAGAGAGACGACAGCAUCAGCACUGAUACAGGAGAGCUAAUACGCACAGAGGAUGGAUGCAGAGAUGCUUAGAAAGACACAAAACUUGAUUAUCUGUUAAAGUUUUUUACUCCUCUAGUAAUGGACUAAGACACACACCGGAAAAUGGAAUAUAGACUGGAGUUAAUGGUGCUUCUUGUUCUGCUGACAACAGCUUCAUCUAUUGCCCCGAGCAGCAGCGACCUCGCAGAAGCUGUGGCCUAUCUAAGGAAGUAUGGCUACCUGCACAUCCCACUGGACAGCAAAGGCCAAAACCACACAGCUGAGCAAAUAGUGGAAGCCCUGAGAAUCUUUCAGAGAGUCACUAACCUGCAGGUAUCCGGUGAACUGGAUUCAGCCACGCUGGCGAUGAUGAAUAAACCUCGCUGUGGUCUAGAAGAUUCCUUCAACAACAGAUCUCUCAAGUAUCGAGUCAUGGGUUUCUGGCGUAAGAAGACGCUGACCUACCGCCUCCACAACUACACUCCUGACCUGGGCCUGGGAAAGACACGCACGGCAAUCCAGACUGCUUUUAAGUACUGGAGCGACGUGUCGCCUUUGAGGUUCAAGGAGCUGCAGCAAGGGAAAGCAGACAUUAAAAUCUCCUUUCACAAAAAAGAUAAGACGUGUCCCGUGCCCUUUGACGGGCAAGGUCACGUUUUAGCCCACGCUGACGCCCCUGAGUCUGGAAUUGUGCACUUUGACGAGGAUGAACUGUGGACAGAAGGGAAGAAACAGGGCUCCAACCUGAGGAUUGUUGCUGCUCAUGAGAUUGGCCAUGCUCUCGGCCUGGGCCACUCACAGUACUACAGCGCGCUGAUGGGACCUUUAUAUAACGGAUACCGCUCUGACUUCAAGCUACAUCCAGAUGACAUCCAAGGGAUCCAGGCUUUAUACGGAAAGCCAGAGAAGACUCCUUCAUCCACAAGUCCAGGGCAGCCAAUGCCAAAAGGAGUUAUUCCUGAUCCUUGCAAGGCCUCUCUGGAUGCAGUUAUGCUGGGCCCUUCGCAGAAGACAUAUAUUUUCAGUGGGCAGUACGUGUGGACAGUGCUCAGCUCUGGCCGCAACACUCCCGUCCUGAUUUCCUCACUCUGGAAGGAGCUGCCAGGGAGCCUCAAUGCAGCUGUUCACUCUCAGCGGACUGGCAAGUCCUACUUUCUGAAAGACGACAAAUUAUGGAGAUACACAAACUUCAAACUGGACCACGGCUUCCCCAGACGCUUGUCCAACAUCCCCUCAAACAUCGACUCAGCAAUUUACUUCAAUAAGAACAAAAAGCUGAUCUUUUUCAAAGGCUCUGGAUACUGGCAGUGGGAUGAAAUCGGUCCGACAGACUUCAAGUCAUAUCCAAAAUCCGUUGGGCAGCUCUUCCGAGGGAUACCCAGCAACAUCGAUGCUGCAGUAACGUGGACUAACGGCCUCAUCUACAUAUUUAAAGGAUCCCAGUACUGGCGUGUGAAUAAGCACCGCCAGGCCGUGGAGAAGGGUUACCCUCUCAGAACGGCCUCUCGCUGGAUGCAGUGUGACGACUGAGCCACCAGAGGCCAACACAAACCUUGUCUCCAGUGAUCAGCUUAAUGUCACUGAGAGAAGCUUACAGCGUGUUUUAUUAUAAUUAUUAUUAUUAUUAUUCCUGUCAGAAUUAUCUGCUUUCACUUUCACACUGUAUAUGUUCAAGACAGGAGAGCUCACAUCUUUUACAUACACUUUUUUCAAACAUACUCUUAAAACUUUCCCAAAUCUUAAUAAACUCUCGGUCCGGAAAAGACUUGAUGAAAUAUAUGUAAAUGCAUUUGCUCACAGAAUAAUAUCUAUUACUGCUCCUACUACUCAUUAACAUCCACCACUCAGGCUAAUGCAGGACACUGCAUCGUUGCUAAGAAAAGACAGUUUUUGCUACAUAUCAUUAAUCAUUGAAACCUCACAAUAACUAGUUUACUAACCCUGUCGGUUUAUGUGUUAUUUAACAUGUGUGUACUGUAUGUAACGUGCGCUACACCGUGGCAGGGUGUAUUGGUGGACGUGUACUGUAUUACUGUGUGCAUAUUUAUUACGGUGUCUGACGUAUAUGGAUUGUAUUAAAAAUGUUUCCAGACAUUUUAACAUCUGGCUAGGGGCAACAGAUGUGAACUGGUAGUCUGGUCAAACUAAUACACAGGUAUUUUCAUAUCAAGAUCUCUAAUAAAGCUAAAUAUUGCUGUUACUGUACAAGGAUUUCUGGGACGCCCACGCUACUUCUAUCUGGUGUCUUAAUCGGCCAAAGUAGGUUAAAACACCUGUGCGCACAAAGGAUCUUUAGCUGAUUGUCAAGCCACACAUGUGAGCUUGCAGAGUGACUCACCAAAUGCAGGGAGACAGGAUUAGAUGUGUAAUGCAGCUUAUUUAGUGUAAACUUUUGGUCUAAAUCUGAACUGUUCCAAUAAAAAUAUGUUUGUUUUGA